UGCAGGUCAAUCCCUGUUCAGCCCGUAUUGACCCGGGAUUCCCUUCGGCAGUAUCUGCAGGUCCGGCCAGACCAGACCGUGCUCAUCCUGCAUGCCAAGGUGGCUCAGAAAUCAUAUGGCAGCGAAAAAAGGUUCUUCUGUCCGCCUCCAUGCGUUUAUCUCAGCGGGCCGGGAUGGAAGCUGAAGCAAGAGGAGCUCAAAGCCAGUGGCUUGGGUGACUCUGCUUGCAAGCUGUGUGGCUACAUGGGUCUGGACACAGCAGGCAGCAGCCAGAUGGAAACAUUGAAAAUGAACUUUGAAGAGCAACCGGACUCAAAGAGAUUUGGUUGUGCAAAGACCCUGUAUAUCUCCGACACGGACAAAAGGAAACAUUUCCGUCUGGUUUUAAAGCUCUUCUUCAGCAACGGCCAAGAAAUCGGGUCCUUUUACAGCAAAUUGAUUAAAGUGAUUUCCAAACCUUCCCAGAAAAAGCAAUCCAUGAAGAAUGCAGACUUGUGCAUUUCUUCAGGAUCAAAGGUUUCCCUCUUCAAUCGGCUGCGUUCCCAGACCGUCAGCACCAGGUAUCUGUCAGUGGAAGGAGAGGCCUUUGUAGCGAGUGCCAGACAGUGGGCAGCAUUCACCAUGUACCUUGUGGAUGACCAGGGCUCUGCCCGGGGAGAUUACCCGAUCCGGGAUGGGUAUAUUUGCUAUGGAUGUGCAGUGAGACUGGUAUGCACCAGCACUGGUGUGGCUCUGCCCACUAUGGUAAUCCGCAAGGUGAAUAAACAGUACGCCAGUCUGGACGUGGAUGAGCCCGUGUCCCAGCUCCAUAAGUGUGCGUUCCAGUUCAAGGACAGCAACAGGAUGUACUUGUGUCUGUCCAAUGAGAAGAUCAUACAGUUUCAGGCAUCUCCUUGCCCGAAGGAGCCCAGUAAAGAGUUGCUCAGUGAUGGCUCCUGUUGGACUAUCAUUGGAACAGAGACAGUGGAGUACACCUUCAGUGAGAGCCUGAUGUGCAGCCAGAGAGCUGUGACCCCCUUCCCUGUCAUUGGGAGCCUUGAGCUCAACGGCGGUGGAGACGUGGCCAUGCUGGAGGUGCACGGUGAAAACUUCAGCCCAAUUCUAAAGAUCUGGUUUGGAGAUGUAGAAGCAGAGACCAUGUACAGGAGUCCCAAGUCCCUGAUAUGCGUGGUGCCCGAUAUCUCUGUGUUCAGCAGGGAGUGGAGGUGGCUGAGACAUUCCGUUACUGUCCCUGUGUCUCUGAUCCGAAGUGAUGGGCUCAUCUACUCCAGCGCCUUCUCCUUCACCUACACGCCCGAGCAGAGCGUCCUCCCUCGGCAGAGAGUGACCCCGGAGCUGCCCCCGGACUCGGACACUCUGCUGGACAGCAUUCACCAGGAGUUCACACGGACCAACUUCCACCUGUUCAUGCAGAGCUAGCACCGACAGGAGUGAAUGCAAAUACGAAAAAAAACAUGCCAGCAAAAAGUAGAGGCUGAAAUGAUCACGCAGUCGUCUGUGCAGCUGUACCUGAUUGAAAUGAAAUGAUCACGCUAUCGUCUGUGCAGCUGUACCUGAUUGAAUUGAAAUGAUCACGCUAUCGUCUGUGCAGCUGUACCUGAUUGAAUUGAAAUGAUCACGCUAUCGUCUGUGCAGCUGUACCUGAUUGAAAUUAAAUGAUCACGCAGUCGUCUGUGCAGCUGUAUCAGCCUGAAAAACAUCCAAAUAAAAGUUGUUCCAUCACACCCAGCAGUAGAAACAGAUGAGAUCAUAUUUGUAUUCAUUCUUUCACUCGCAGGCUGUAAAUGGGAACUCCUGAAACAGAAUUAGGAUCUGCAGGGCUGAGGUUCAGAGGUCGAUUAUCUGAAGUAAUGGAGGUGUGUCUAAUGAUUGAGAAUACCAAGUCCAGCGAGCUCAGAAACAGAAGCACCGCGACGUAGACCUUUUAUUAUGAUUUUUUUUUUAGUUGCCAGGUUAUCUCCCUUGUAUUUACAGUAUCCGCAGAGCAGGUUUUACCUAGGGUCACCAGAUCUUCAAAGCUCAAAGCCGCAACACAUUGUGAACUCAUUGUCUAAUUAAACCUGUUAAAUAUAGGGUGUUUAAUGGCUAUUUAAAAAGCCAUCCUCACACUCUCAGUAUUAUCUUUUUUUUUUCAAGCAGCUAGCUAAUUUCAUUACACUCCCAAGGUGUAUAAUUUGUGGCUAAUUAGUUCAA